UUAAUUGAAACGAAUUUGUGGGAGCUGCUGGAGAGAUGAGCGACGGUUGACCAUGGUUGAUUUGAAGUGCUUAUUACCAACAACAGGCGCAGGUAACCCGAGAGCGGACUUUCUGGAGUGAGACAUGGACUUUGCUGAAAUUAUUUUCGCUUUGUUCAUCAUCGUGGUCGCGUUCGUCUCGCUGUUGUCAAACUUGUUGGUGCUGCUAUGUUUCGUCCACAGCACCGAGAUACGCCGCCAGGUGCCCGGUGUUUUCACCAUGAACUUGUCCUUCUGCAACAUACUCAUCACCGUUUUGAACAUGCCGGCCACUUUGGUGGGAAUUAUCAGGGACCAGCAGCCUUUCGGGGAUUGCAUUUGCCACACGGUGAGCUUUCUGGAGACUUUUCUGACCGCGAACACCAUGUUGAGCAUGGCAGCUCUGAGCAUAGACCGCUGGAUUGCGGUGGUCUUCCCGCUCAGUUACUCCACUAAAAUGCGCUACAAGGACGCGCUGAUCAUGGUGUGCUACUCCUGGCUGCACUCCUUCACCUUCUCCCUGACGGCGCUGCUCUUCUCCUGGGUCGACUACAACGACGUUUACGCGUCCUGCACCUUGCAGCCGAGCGAGGAAGGCAGCGACAGGAUUAAGUUUACAAUCUUCACUGUUGUUUUCCACGCCACCAGUUUCAUGCUCUCCCUGCUCAUAUUGUGUUUCACCUACUUGAAGGUGUUGAAAGUCGCCAGGUUUCAUUGCAAGCGGAUCGACAUUAUCACCAUGCAGACUCUUUUCCUUCUGGUCGACAUUCACCCAAGCGUGAAACAGAGAUGUUUAGCAGAGCAAAAGAGGAGAAAGCAGAGAGCCACAAAGAAGAUCAGCAUCUUCAUCGGCUCAUUCAUCAUCUGCUUUGCUCCUUAUGUAAUUACAAGGUUGGCUGAGCUUCUACCCUUUGUGGACAUCAACCGCCGCUGGGGGAUCAUCAGUAAGUGCCUGACAUACAGCAAGGCUGCAUCUGACCCCUUUGCCUAUUCCCUCCUACGUCAGCAGUACAAGAAAGUGCUGGUUACUGUCGUCAACAGGCUGCUCCGCCGUGACCUAUACCCAUCAUCUGGCCACAACAGCUCUUUAGACACAGAGAACGACUACUGUCUCCAGAGGAUCAGCUAAUGGCAGACGCGGACAUGACAGAUACACACUACAGGCCAAAAAUAAAGGUUGCCUCUUGGAAGAAGGUGUGCGGAGGAAACGAAUGAGGAGAGAAACAGAGAGGGCAGGAUGCUAUUAGGAAGGGAAA